UGAUGGACUCCGAGCCUAUCAGCAACUCAUACAAACAGAAGAGGAGCUUUAUCACUUAUCACAUAUUAUGCAUUCACUGGUGUUCCACACUCUGCGAGCUUCAAACACAGGAUCGAAGAAAACAUCGCUGGCUCGCCGUCUCAGCUUGGCUCAGUCGUCCGCCCCGGAGCUGUCCGCUCUCGCACAGACCUCGCCGCUCGCUGCAUUCCACCUUCGCCCGUGCGAUGCCCCCGGCGGACUUCGCACCGAUCGUCCAGCGCUUGGAGGCUUUGGGGAGGCACGAGCGCUACAGCGUCUUCCGAGAAAGGAUCGCCUAUUAUGACACCUGUGUGCGGCGCUUACAGCGGGAUCAAGAAGAUUUGGUGCGGGAGCAGGGGCGGAACCAGGAGGACUUCGCGAAGAUGGAGGAGGAUCUGCAGAGGCGCCUGAACGAGCAGAAGGACUUGCGCCUGCAACGGCCACCCUUGGACAACUCCGAGGCAUUCCCGCUGAUCGUGCAAGACAGGAAUAUUUGUGACGCGAUCUAUCGCUUGGUGGAUACCCGUAUCUCCUUGCUGGGCGAAGAGAACUGCUUGCGCGAAUCACUCGAGCGGAUUCAAAAGGAGCUGGCAUGUCUUGAUCGUCAAACCUGUGAUCUUCAGGCGGACAUGGAUCGCCCCCCACCAGAGGUGGUGACCCCGCCGCCGCCGUGUCAGCCGUGUCACCACGACUAUUGCUGCCAUGGAGGGAGCGCGGUCACGGUCCACCUAAGCGGUGGACCCUUCUACGACUAUUACGGUGGGUGGCCACACUCCGUGUAUACGGUGCACUCUCCCGUCCAUUGCCACCGCAGCGUCCGCUACGUCUCGCCCACGCGCGGCUCCGCGGCGCCCACCUCGCCCACGGCGGUGCCCUCGUCGCCCGCGCGCGGCUCCGCCGGCGGGUCGCCCGGGUCGGCGGGACCCGCGGCAGGAGAGGGCCGCGGCAACAAUCCGUGAUUGGCAACGCAGAACUGACCGAGAGAACAAGAGGUUCUCAGCAGGCUUGAUUUAACACUGAAGCCAACUCAAAGUGCUGCUUCACUUUACCAGAGCUCCAAAUGGGUGUGAAACAGCCUGUUUGGCCAUGCGAGCUGAGCAAACCGAGACCAUUUGGGCCUUUCCGUCGAUUUCUAGAAUCAGGUCUCUACUGUCCGUCGACCGGGCUUAGCUCGCGCAGAAAGAUGGCAUGCGAAGACUUUGUCCAUCGUGAGCCUUGCAACUCUCGUCUCAGGCGAUGGUUUGCGAAGCACUAUUGUUCUCUGGGCAAAUCGAAACGCAGCACCUGCAAGAUCUAAAAGAGACACUGGGGACAGAAGGGACAGAGACAAAUAAGUGCUAUUUGAUGCUACUUGUGAACGUGCAAGGCUAAGUGCUAAG